AUGAAGUUUGUAAUGUAAGUAAUAGUUAAACUUUCAUAAUACUUAUACUAAUAGAUCUAAAUCCUUUUAAGAUUCCAUGUACAAUAUGACAGUGAUCUUCUGGACAGGAGUACCCUACUUUAGUACAGUGUCACCAGUGUCGAUUGCCGUGUUUUGCCUCACUAUAGAUCGUAUUUUUGCUCUUUUAAUACCAACAUACUUUAGAAAAGAGUAUAGGUAUCUCCUUCACGCAGUAAACGUCGCGUUACAAUGUAUAUUGUUCGUACUUGUCCUACUGUUAGAAUAUGCUGUAGAAGCACCUCCUGGCACUUGGAAAUGUAAAUUAAAAUUUUUAAAAAAAUUAAGAUUUCUGUUUUUUUAAAGUUUUUAUUCGAAAAUCAACUGUUAGUCAUAUAAACUGUAAAAAAUAAUAUAAUAUAUCAAUGAUUUCAGAUUGCAUGGCCGUUGGCUGUAUCACCCCACACUCAGGCGUGGCUAUAUCUCAAGUUAAGUUGGCUGUGGGUAUAAUGAACACGGCUGCUGCCAUUACUUUUGCUGUUAUCUUUGCCAGAUUCAGUCGACGAAGAAUAGCUCCAACUAAAGAAUCUAACAGAAGAUCUCACAGACAAGCCAACUUCUUGGCCGCCAUUGCUGUGCUAAUGGAGUUUUGUUUUAACUGCGUGCCUAAUAUUGUUGGCUUGGGUUAUCAAGAGGUGAGAAUUUAGACAAUUUUGUCUUUUAAUUAUUUAAACAUAGCUUAAUACAACAUUUGCAAACGUAUGUAAAAUAAUCCAGAUUUAGGUCUUCAAUUUUUCGAAUUCGAUAAUUUUUUUCUUCAGAUAAACGGCCACUUGCCAAGUGGAGACAUCGGACCUUACUUAUCAUAUUUUCUUAGUACAGAAACCAUUUGCAUAGCGUGUUUAUACCUCAGAGUGUUGGGAAACCCCUUCAAGAAGCAACAACGUUCUACCGUUGUCGUUACUGUAGCCAAAGCCUCCAAGUCUCAAGCGCCAAUCAGAACCUCUACUACAUAUUAA